AUGGUCAGUUGGCACCGGAGCCAACCUCUGGAUGAGACAGAUCCUUUCGAAGAUGAAUCUCUCGAUUGGACACCUUCAGAGCUGGCACGUGAAGAGCGCCGACUGAUUGAUGAACGCUCUGAUGGGACUCCUUCAGAGGUCGAUCCUAGGGAACCUACUGAGGUAGCAGCCCGUUGGCGAUGCUUGGUUUGUCGUUCUGCAGCUUGGAGCUGGGACUAUGAGAUGGGUUUCUAUAAGUGCAGCCAGUGUGGAAGCUGUGAUUUCUAUGACGAAAACCGGCCGACCAAGCUGGAAACACAAUCAGGCACUUGGAUGUAUGUCCCUCACAGUCCAAGUUCAGCGGGCAGUGGCGACUGUUCGGGUGACGCUGGGCGUGACAUUUCCGCUCAAGGCUCCCCGAUGUCUGCUGGCGAGGGCUUAGGUCAGAGUGGCCCCAAGACGGCUCGUGGCUUUCCUCCAGAUGGCAAUUCUGGUGGAAGAUCCGAGACGCCUGAGAGUGAGGCACCAACCUAUGACCCGGUCGUCAAUCCAGAUGGACCUUUUCAUCAGGCAAGACGCCGACGCAGGCGAGCAGGUGGUUCAAUGAGUGGAGCUAGCGAGACACUACAACGACCUCACCUUCCUGAUGCUGCGGUUCAACGAGAUGAUCCUCCUAACCGAGCCCAACGCAAUGAUGACCGAGAAGACAUGCUGUCAGUGAUGCGACAGCUGUUGGACGAGAAGAAGCAUUUCAACACAGGCAGCGAGGUCUCAUGGAACAGUUUGCGGGGUCCCGCUCCUGGAGUUCGAUGGAGAGGUGGUGCUGCGCCACUUCCACCAAAGUGGACGUACCAGCAGUCGGACCUCAGAGCUUUUGCCAAGUUUGAGCGCAAAGUCCAGACUUGGGUGCUGCAGGCGAAGAGCUUCAUGACAGCUUCAGAGAUGGGAUUGGCUUUGUAUACCUCACUACAGGGUGAGGCAGAAGCAGAAGCCGAACAUUUGGAUUUGAAAAGAAUCAACGACAAGAAUGGUGUCAACUACAUCCUUGAGGAGCUGAGGGGGCCUUUGCAGCAGAAAGUUCUGUUUCAGAAACGCAAGCUUCUUGCAGACUUCGAAGGCGUUAGACGCCAUGGCAACGAGACUGUGCGACAGUACGUCAACAGGUACCGCCGCAUUGAACGAGAUCUUCAGACUGUUGGCAUUGAGACCAGCACUAUGUACGACAGUGAGGCCCGAGGCAACAGAAUCAUGGAGCGAUGCCAGUUAUCACCUGACUUGCAAAGAUUGGUGAUGAUCGGGGCCGGAAACAGCCUUGACUAUGCCAAGAUCACUGAAUCCAUGUUUUUGCAGUUCCCGGACUUCAAGCCGACACCACCGAUUUGGAUCACUGGCGGGAUUCGACAACCACAUCAACAGGGAUCAGCUUCAUCGUCUUCAAGCUCAUCCUCAUCCAAAGGCUCUACGGGGUCAUUUAGAUCUUCGUCGACAUCAGCUUCAUCUGGAAAGGGCCGUUUCACAGGAAAAGGGAACACGCCAAAGACGUAUCCCUACGGCAAGGGCCCUCCUCGUAGCGUCUUCCAAACGGAACACGAAGCUGGAGAAGAUGAAAAGCCAGAUGAAGCUGAAGAUGAUGAAUUUGAAGAUCCGCAGGAACCCAAUGAGAAUGACGAGGAGCUGGAACCAAUCCCUGAAGGCGAUGAAGACGCCGACGGUGAUGGCGAUGAACCUUUAGAUGUCAAUGCCUUAGCCGAUCUUGCACAGGUCCUCACCGUCACCUCCAAGAAGCUUCAGGCUUCAGUGCUGGGAAGGAAGUUUACCAACAGAAAAUCGAUCGAAGAACGCAAGCGCACCAGCACGUGCAGUGCGUGCGGUCAGACCGGCCAUUGGGCUGGCGACGCUGCAUGUAGCGUUUCAGCACAGAAGCGCGACUCAGGUGGAAAAGGAUUCAAGAGCGGUAGUGGGGGUUCGUCUUCCUUUUCAUCUACAUCCUCACAUGCCCAGAAGAAUAUCAAGAAAGCCUAUGUCGUGGGCAUUCAGCACGACCAGCAUGAACAUGAACAUGAACAUGAUGAUGAGAUCACUUCGAGCCCUUCUACCACUUAUUUUUCUUUUACCACCGUUUCUGUUUUUGGCGCUGAUUCAACAUCCACUACAUGGGUAACGGAAACCAUUGACCUUGGGGGCUUCAUGGUGUUGGACACGGCAUGCCAACGUUCAUGUUGUGGUGAAGUUUGGUUGAAAACACACGACAAGAUCCUCAACACAUACCACCUCCAAGUCAAAAAGGUGGAUGCAACAGACCACUUUCAAUUCGGCUCAGGCAAGCCGAUCGCAGCUGCAGAGCGUGCCUAUUUCCCGGUCCAGAUGGAAGGCCAGGAGACCAAGGGAAUCGUUUUUGGUGCAAGUGUUUUACCAACAAACAUUCCGUUUUUGGCAAGCAGAACUCUCUUGGAACGUUUGGGUUGCAUCAUUGACAUGUUCACGAAGUGCAUCACAUUUUCCAAUUUGGGAGUGACAUUGCCUUUGACACAUAGACAUGGGCACCUUGCAGUUUGUAUUGUGAAGUUUUCAGAUGAAAUUGCGCGUCAUCCAUGCUGGAAGCAACUUUCCAAUCCACAUCUUUGGCAAGAUCCUGAUCCUGAGCUUUUACAUGCACCUGGAGCUUUUAACAAAGGCUCAAUUCGUGACCUUCCCCUGCAAGCGCUGCUACCGGCUGAUGUUCCGGCAGACUGCGCCAGAAUGGCUGAAGCGAUGGGAGAUGAUGUUCAUCAUGGUGAUGACCCUGCGGCUCAAUGCUUUCAGGGCAAUGUCAAAGAUGGUGAAGUUCGGCCUGGCAAGCCGCCAAUGGCUGACAAUGUGGGAGCAUAUGGCCGAGGUGGAAGCACAAAGAUGCGAAGUGAUGAGGCCGGUGACAUUGGCCAACCCGGCGACGUGCACUCACCCAGUGUGCCGCCGCUACGGGAACAUCCACGGCUCUUUCAGCCGAUGCAAGCGGUGCGGCCAGAGGUUCAAAUGGGACCAAGACCAAGAAGGAUGGCAACUUCAUGGAGAGGCGCCAUCGCAAGCUUCUUCGCACUUGCCACCGCCCUCAUCUUCCACAAUCCUGGCGAACCCUGGAACGAGCACGGGCAGGACUUCAAGAGCUUCGAGAACUACGACUUCGAAAGCCCGCGCCAAGCCCAAGGCGAAAGCAGUUCCAGUGGCCUACAUGCCAGCUUUGGACCCGGCGGAGGAUUGGCCAGAGACGUGGGACCCAGAAGCUUUCCCACCAGAGUCGGAUGGGGGCGAGGACGGGUUUCAACCGUUCGACAUCGCCAUGGACAUCCAGGACUUCACGUGAUGGAUGAUGAAGAAGAGAUUGAUUGGUGGGAGGUUGACAAAAACACAGUUUCAAGGAUCCACAACAUCCCACGCAAAAGACUCUUCAAUGUGAAUGACCUUUACCAGGGCGAUCCAUGUCCAGUGCAUGUGAGACGGUUGUGCACGGAAUGCACAGUUGAAAUGUUGUAUGAGGAUGGCAGGACACAGGUGAUGAACUAUGACUGGAACGUGUCCGGGGCAUCCAGCAUGAAACAACUCUGGAUUGGAAAGACCACUUUUCGUCUUCACCCACAGCCACAACAAGGUUUUUCGACCAACUUGGAACGGAAGAACUUGCGACAUGCUGUGCGCCAAGCGGCUCAAAUACUCCAAGUUGAACAUGAUGUGAUGAUGGCCGGCACUACAUCCACCUCACCUUUGACCUUGUUGAAGAGCAGGCCACGGGUGGAUUUGCUGGAGACCUUCGCAGGACGGGCUGGACUGACCUUGAGGGCAUCUCGCUUUGGCCUGAAAGCGCUUCAGCCCAUUGACUAUAACACCGGCUAUGACUUGGAGAAACUCACACACCAACAACAUGUGGAUUUUCUGCUUGACCGCUUCAAGCCUCUCUUCCUUGUGCAGGGCAUUGAAUGCAAAGAUUGGUGCCUACUUCAGGACAACACCAACUACGUGAGGCGCAAGAUCCUGCUGCUCAUGCGGAGAGAGAAGGCCAGAAAAGUUUUGCGGCGAGUUGUCCGCUGGUGUGUGAAACAAGCUGAAGAAGGCCGAUACUUUCUUUUGGAAAAUCCAGCAACAAGCCGCCUUUGGCUUGAACCAUUGGUGCUCAAACUCCUACGACUUCCUGGAGUUUACUUUGUGGUGUGCCAUUCAGGGGCCUAUGGUGGAACCAACUCAAAGGGUCAGAUGAUUAAGAAGAGCUUCAAGUUCCUUGGCAACUGUCCCCAUGUACUUGAGCGUUUGACCAGGAAACUUGAUCCAGAGCAACUUCAACAAUGCGUCCCUUUGGUUGGAAAAGAAACCACUCUUUCGCAGCAUUAUCCUGAUGACAUGAUCAAACAGAUUUUGCACGGCAUCAAGCGCACUGCUGAGCAAUUUGAUCCAGACCGGUUUCAAACCUCUUCUACCAUGCGUUUUCAGGUGAUGGCUGUGAAUACGACACCACAAGAUUGGAUGCCUGUUUUUGAAUCUGCUCAAAGGUCUUUUGAUAUGACACGUCAGAGAAGCUACGUAUUGCCAACCUCAGAUGUCACUUGGAGGAUGGUUCAACAACUUGUGCAAUGGCAUCGACUUGAACGAGUGCAGAUUGCCUUUCAACCUACGAUGCUGCGCUUGCCACUGCACAUCCCCCACACACACCGUGGGUGGGCCCUUCUCUACAACGAUCAGACCGUGGAGGUUGUUGAAGAGGACCUGGCAGACAUCAGACAUCCACGUGCCAAGUUCAGGAAACCAGUGAACAUUGGCGUGUUUUUCUUUGGCUAUGCGGCAGCCGACAGAAAACCUGAGUCAGCACAACCUGAGAUGCAACAUCCACCGCGAGAACCAGUCGAAGAUGAUCCACAAGUCAUUGUGGCUAGCAACACAACUGGGAUCUCCUUUCCAAAGAUGCCUGGCUUGUCGCAAGACAUCAAGACGGCCUUGUCGCGGCUACACCGCAACCUAGGCCACCCUCAUGCCAACGAGUUGAAGAAGAUGCUUGCGAUGAACGGCAUCAAGGAUCAGAAGAUCUAUGACGCCAUUGAAAGCCUCACAUGUGAAUCUUGCCUGCGUGUGAAAGGACCUGGUAGACCAGAACCUGCAGGUAUCCCUCAAGAUGUUAGCUUGCAAUUUGGUGACGUUGUGCAGAUGGACCUCGUCUAUGUCAGGGACAUAACGUCCACCAACCACAUCUUCCUGGGCAUCAUAGAUGAAUGCACUCACCUUCAUAUGGCAUUGCUUUUGUCUGACCGCAGCCCAGAGGAGGUAACCUUCAAGUUCACAACACAUUGGGCAAGAUCGUUUGGCUAUCCACUCAAAAUCAAAGCUGACCCUGAUGGGAGUUUACGAGGCUUCUUCGAGGAAUCCAUGGACCAAGCUGGAACCUUUUUGGACUAUGUGCCGGCUGAGAACCACUCCAGGAUAGGCCUCAUAGAGCGACACAAUUCAACACUGCGAGAAUUGAUGGAACGCACCAUCGACAGCAGAGCAGUCGUUGGACCAGAAGCCAUGGAGCUAGCUGCAGUUGCCGCUUGCUUUGCAAAGAACUCAUGCACAUGGUCUUCUGGCAGACCACCUUUUGUUGCGGCUUUCGGAAGGGUGCCUAGAAUGGGCAUGAAUCUCCUCUCAGACAAGCAUGGUUUGAUUGCUGGAAGAACCCGAGAACAAGCCCAACGAGAAGCUGACUACUUGCGUGCCGAAGCACAGCAGCAUUUGUCAGCUAUGAGUGUGGAUAGCAACCUUCGACGUGCCUUGCUGCGCAAGUCAACUCCAAAUGAUCCUCAAGAACUACCAGUGGGCUCCAUUGCUGCCUACUGGCGAUGGACAGCCAAGUCAGGCAAGAAGCGAGGAGGAUUCAAGUUGGCUCGCGUUUUGGGCCGUGAUCCCGACAACAAAAGCAUGUGGUUGCAAGCAGGCACAAACACCGUGAAGGUGUCACCUCAUCAAGUACGACCAGCACUUGGAUUUGAGCACUGGAAUCCUUCAUAUCAGGACAUCAAAGCUCUUAGGACAGCCGCUGACAACCUUCAGCAUGGAGUUUUUCAAGAUGAACAACUUCCACAGCCACCUGAAGGACAAGAGCUACCUGGCUUUGAUGAAGUUCAACCUCAAGUACAAGUGCCACCACCACUUGGUGUAGGAGAUGACGAACCUGAAGCACCUGGGGUCGAGCUUAUUCCAGUGAACAAACUUCAGUGCGACAGUCACAUGCUGAACCUCUUUCAGAGCAACAACCAGGACCUUCUUCAGUGCAACAGCAUUGGCCUUGCCCAAUCCAGCGGGUGCCGCAACACCACCUUUGCCUGA